AGUGGUGGAAACCAAUAUGGUUCAUGGACCUUGCGGACACUACAAUCCCUUUUCGGUUUGUAGGUCUGACAAUAAAUGCACGAAACAGUAUCCACGUGCUUUUCUUUCGGAAACACAAACUGGAAAUGAUGGAUAUCAACUCUAUCGGCGUCGCUCACCAGAUAACAGAACAUUCAGCGUUCAACUUAGAAGAGUGAAUAUCGAAGUUGACAACACAUGGACCGUACUAUAUUCACGAUUAUUAUCUAAUUCAUAUUCAAAGCGCAUGUCAAUGUUGAGUAUUGCAGUUUGGUGUAAUCGAUAAAAUACGUUUGUAAGUACAUCACCAAAGGAAGCAACAUGGCGAUUAUUGGUCUUGAACGAUACGGUCGAUACGUGAACUGCAAUAAAGCGCUUUGUAGGAUAUUUACUUUUGCAAUUCAUGAACGUUUUCUGACUGUUGUGCGUCUCGCAGUUAAUUUGGAGAAUGGGAAAAGAGUGUAUUUCAUCCCAGAGAAUACAAUAUAGACAGUGGAAACAUCGCCAGCAACAAAGUUAACAUUGACGAGUUUUUUCUCAACUUUCGUCAGUGAUCCGUUUGUGAGAACAUUGCUCUAUUCGGAAAUACAUUGAUAUUAUACAUGGAAUGCAUCGUCGAAGAAAUAGUUACGCAGAAAGCAAGGCCAACCAGUAAAUUGACAUCAAGGUAUCUACUGACUUAGGACGAUUUUACACAGUGCACCCGAAAAACGACGAUUGUUUCUACCUUCGGUUGCUAUUGAUUAAUGUACGCGGUUCAACUAUAUUUGAGUCAUUGCUUACUGUGAAUGGUUCGAUGUGUGCAAGUUUGGGAGAAAUAAGCCAGCAAUUACAUUUGCUAGAACACGUUAAUCACUGGAAUGAAAAUGAAGUUCGCAUACUUUUCGAUAUAAACAUCGACAUUGCCAAAGACAUUUUACAUCUUUUUCGCUAAAAAUUGGAAAUGGUACAAUUUCGGUUGAUACUUCCGGUGGUUCGAUAUCAAUUCCAUCUUCCCUUUAUCAAUUCACGAAAGAAGAACUCAUCACAAAUGUUCGGGCAUUGGCCAAAUUACGAUUUUCCAUUUCAGUUCAAACAUAUUCCGGCAUAAAUAAGGAAAUGCUAUGUUUUUCACACGGCCGUGGCGUGAUCACGAGUUGGACGUUGGAACGUGGAACGUUGUUUAUAAAGCUGCGUUACAUUGAAAAAAAAAUUAAAUGAUAAAUUUAACUUUCUUUUCAUUUCAAAAUAUAUAAUCUCACGCAGGACAACGGCUGCGGGGUCAGCUAGUAUAUAUGUAUAUAUAUAUAAAGCCGAAAAGGCGCGUGAAAAGCCGAAAAGGCGUGUGAAAAGCCAAAAAGGCGUGAAAAGUUAUAGAGGAAUUGCAUUUAAUUGCGCAUGUAAGUCAGAAUUAAGAUUUUGCCAAGCCACUAUAAAGGCGCUAUUAUAAAUGUAUAUUAAAAUUUGAUUUCAGAAUAGAAAGUGACAAAUUCAAUUUUGUCAAUGCCACCAGGCGAUUUGGAAAGGUAGGGGGAAAAUUCGACAAAAGUGAUAAAUUAGGAAUGGAGAUUCGUCCAUUUUUGUGCGAUAAUAUCGAUAAGGCCCUUGUUCGGUCAGAGUGGGAAAGGUGGUUUCGAUCCUUCUCCUUAUAUCUUCAAGCCGAAGAUAUAAGUGAUGUAGCGAAGAAGAAAAAUAAAUUACUGCACCUGGGGGGGCCCCAACUGCAGGAAGUAGCCUUUAACAUUCCGGGUGCCUUAGUCGAGGGAAAUGAAGAAUUGAACUCUUUCGAAGUGUUGGUAGCCAAACUCGAUGAAUACUUCUCGCCAAAGCGUAAUUCUACUUUUGAAAGACAUCUUUUCCGAAAUCUAUCCCCUGUUGAGGGGGAAAACUUCAACAAAUAUUUGCUACGGCUCCGGCAUCAAGUGUCGAAGUGCGAAUUCGGCAAAACGGCCGCAGAAAUAAAUGAGAUUUGCAUCAAAGAUAAGAUAAUAGACUCGUGGGCUCCAGUCGACUUGAAGAAAAAGCUCUUAGAGAAAGAACAGAGUUUAAAAGAGAUAGUAGAAACCUGUCAAAUCUAUGAACAGAUAUCCAAACAAUCGGGGUCCAUGUUUACGAAGUCGGCCGACGAGUCUGUUAAUCGAAUUACUACAAAGUUAUGCGGGGCAAGGCAAAACAACGAUGAGUGUGGUAGAUGUGGCCAGAAGGGACAUUUUGGUAACGACCCAAAAUGUCCGGCAAGGUCUGCGCAAUGCAACAAAUGCGGCUUGAUUGGACAUUUUGCUAGAAAAUGUAGGUCAAAGAAACGAAAGAGCGGCUACAAUCGAAAUUCGCCCAAGAGAAAGCGCACAGAAUCAUACAAAGUGCGAAACGUAGGAACGAACGAAGAAGAAGAGGUAAAUUGUUUCAAGAUAUCAAAUGACACCGGGAUAGACGAGAAGCUGGUAUGUGGUAUUGGUGGUUGCCCGAUAUCAAUGGUAAUUGAUUCAGGCACGCGUCUCAACUUAGUAAGCGAAAGUGACUGGGGAAUACUGCGUAAGAACAAGGCUGUGAUAUUCAAUGAGCGGGAAGACCACACAACUCAAUUUAAGGCGUAUGCGUCAAAUAAAGUUCUGGACGUACUUCAAGUUUUCGAAGCACCUAUAUCGGUAGAGAACAAAUUGGAGAAAAUCGCUACUUUCUACGUAAUAAAGAAUGGGUGUCAGUCCUUAUUGGGGCGCAACACAGCUAUGCAGCUGGGAGUUUUAAAAGUAGGCCUAGGGGUAAAUAGCAUAGAAAUUGCACAACCUUUCCCAAAAAUGCUAGGAGUUAAAAUCAAAUUAUCAAUCGACCCAACCGUAAAACCCGUACAACAGCCGAUGCGUCGCAUACCGAUAGCCUUGGAAGAGCAGGUAGAGGAAAAGAUUAAGCAAAUGAUUGCUCUCGACAUUAUCGAGCCGGUGUCAGGGCCCUCUUCAUGGAUAUCUCCAAUAGUCAUUGUGUAUAAGGAAGGGGGAGAGAUGAGGUUAUGUAUAGAUAUGCGGCGAGCGAACCAUGCAGUAUUGCGUGAGAAUCAUCCGCUACCAACGUUUGAGAUGUUCAUGGCGAAGCUAAGAGGCGCCAAGUCCUUUCUAGGAUCGACUUGAAG